AUGUUUAGCUUUCUACUUUUUCUAACUGCAGCCGAAGGCGGAGAGCAAUUCGUUAAAACACAGUACAAACAGUGCCCAGGGCAAACAAAGCAAUAUUUUCAAAUCAAAAAAUUCGAAAUUUAUCAUCCUUUGGAUACUCGAGGAAUGAAUUUGGUUAUUCAACUCAUUGCUGAACUUAAUCAUAAAGUUCAAGAACCAUACUUAGAAGUUCAGCUCAUAAAUAGCCGAAUUCCAUUUCAACGUCUUUUAGAUCCACUUUGCAGGCCUGGAAUUUUGAUUUGCCCAGCUUCAUUUUCUCAAGUGGUUUAUGGUGUUCAAAUUCCUGUUCCCCCAACGCUUCCGGUAGGAAAUUAUAAUAUUAGACUAAUUUUCAGAGAAAGAAAUGAUAGACUAGCUUGCUAUGAAGCACCAAUUAAUGUUAAAGACCUUGAUAUUGAAAAAUUACAUCGCGAAGAAUAUGAUAAGUGGGAAAGACAAGAAUUAGAAGCUCUCCACGACGAAUCCGAAGAUGUUGAAUAA